UUUAGAGCCAAGAAAAUUAUUAAUACAAGAAGAAUAAAAUUAAAGAAAUCAAGAAAGUAAUCAAAAAACAGCAACGGCCAAUCAGAAGCAGCCCACCACCCAAAACCGGCGGCUCAACGUUAAAGAAACGAACUUUCGACUGCUGCGGCGGCGGGUUUCGCUAAAUCGCUGCUCAAUUCAUUUCUGCUGCGGGAAUCGGUGAGUCGACUCAGCGAUGGGCCAAGAAUCGUUCAUAUACAGCUUCGUGGCGCGUGGCACGGUGGUGCUGGCAGAGUACACCGAGUUCACCGGAAAUUUUCCGGCGAUCGCCGCUGGCUGCUUGCAGCGGCUGCCGUCGACCAACAACAAGUUCACGUACAACUAUGAUCAACACAUUUUUAACUUUUUAGUUGAAGAUGGAUACGCUUACUGCGUCGUUGGCAAAGAAUCUGUCGGGAAACAGAUCUCAAUCGCACUUUUGGAACGCAUUAAAGCCGAUUUCAGGAAAAGAUACGGUGGUGGUAAAGCUGAUACAGCAGUUGCCAAAAGUCUCAACAAAGAAUUUGGGCCUCUAAUGAAAGAACACAUGCAAUAUAUCAUUGAUCACGCUGAUGAGAUCGAUAAACUAUUGAAAGUUCAAGCCCAAGUUUCCGAGGUCAAAAGUAUUAUGCUGGAGAAUAUAGACAAGACUAUAGAAAGAGGCCAAAACCUUACUGAUCUCAACGACAAGGCUCAAGACCUGCGCGAAUCGGCUCAAGUGUUCAAGAAAGGAGGGGUACAACUCCGGAGAAAGUUAUGGUACCAAAACAUGAAAAUGAAGUUGGUUGUGCUCGGAAUCAUCCUCCUCUUGGUCCUCAUCAUCGUCCUCUCUAUUUGCCGGGGGUUUAAAUGUUAGUAUUCUCGGCCUCUGUCUCGCUUGUCGGGGGCCAUGUUGUUCGAUUCCCAUGUAACUGCUUCAACUGUUUUCUCCAUGUAAGAUAGACUCAACAUAUAUUUUUUACUUGGCAAUUUUAUAGUAUAAGAAAUGAUAGAAGAUGUGAUUGAUACAAAA